CUGCAGUUGCCGCCGCCGCUGCUGCCGCCGCCGCCGCCGCCGUCGCCGCCUGAGAAGCGGGGUUGGGAAGGAAGCGGUCAUCGCGCUCUGAGCUUCGCUGGGAAGUGUCUUUGCUGCCUGCAGUCCUCCUACGUUAAUAACCAUGGAUAAGAGUGAGCUGGUACAGAAAGCCAAACUCGCCGAGCAGGCUGAACGCUAUGAUGAUAUGGCUGCAGCCAUGAAGGCAGUCACGGAACAGGGGCACGAACUCUCCAACGAAGAGAGAAAUCUGCUCUCUGUUGCCUAUAAGAAUGUGGUAGGUGCCCGCCGCUCUUCCUGGCGUGUCAUCUCCAGCAUUGAACAGAAAACGGAGAGGAAUGAGAAGAAGCAGCAGAUGGGCAAAGAAUACCGUGAGAAGAUAGAGGCAGAGCUGCAGGACAUCUGCAAUGAUGUUCUGGAGCUGUUGGACAAAUAUCUUAUUCCCAAUGCUACACAACCAGAAAGUAAGGUGUUCUACUUGAAAAUGAAAGGAGAUUAUUUUAGAUACCUUUCUGAGGUGGCAUCUGGAGACAAUAAACAAACCACUGUGUCGAACUCCCAGCAGGCUUACCAGGAAGCAUUUGAAAUUAGCAAGAAAGAAAUGCAGCCUACACACCCAAUUCGACUUGGCCUGGCGUUAAAUUUCUCAGUCUUUUACUAUGAGAUUCUAAAUUCUCCUGAAAAGGCCUGCAGCCUGGCAAAAACGGCAUUUGAUGAAGCGAUCGCUGAACUGGAUACACUGAACGAAGAGUCUUACAAAGACAGUACCCUGAUCAUGCAGCUACUUAGGGACAAUCUGACUCUGUGGACGUCGGAAAACCAGGGAGAUGAAGCAGACGCUGGGGAGGGAGAGAACUAAUGUCUCCUGUGCUUCGUGAUCUGUUCAGUGUCACUCUGUACCUUCCACAUAUAUCCCUUUGUGCGAUAAAAAAAGAAUCGUACAUCGAUUCUCGAUUUUUCACAGCCUCAGCCUAGCAAAAAUGAUCCAUGGGAUAAAUAGCUGGUAUCUGUAUCUUAAACUCCGAUUGGUCACAUAAAUGCCACGGCAUUCAAAAGUUUUGAUUUUGAUUAACGUUGACGGGAUUACCGCGUGUUGUUUUUUUUUUUUUUUUUUUUUUUAACUGAACACUGUGAUUAUGGGGUUUUGUAACUUAGCAGAACUCUUACUGGUAGAAAAAAUAGACCUGAAUUACGUGUAACUUUUUGGAAAGUUUAAUCUGAUAUCAAAAUAGUCACUGAAAUACAAUUCCGUUGUAAAGUUGUACAGAAAGUUAUAGAGACUAUAUUGUGACGCUGGGAGUUCAAGUGAGACAUCUAUCAUUUGGCAUUUGAGUUAAUGGUAACUCAGUAAUUCUGCCUGUUGUUCAGGGCUUAUAGACACUUGACCAGUUUGGGCUGUUGGCACUCAUGAUCGCAGAUGUCCAUAGUGUCUUCUUCUGAGGAAACUCGAAGCCUGAAAUUGAAAUUCCUUUUGGCAGAUAACUGGGUUAUGACACUCUAAAAAGGUCCAGUGCUCAUAUAACACAUGUGACUAGACCCCCUUUCCUACAGCAAUAUGUUAUCAAUUUGCAACUUGUGCUUCAAUAGCGGAAUCUGUUUUCCUCAUAACCAUUGAGCUAAAGGGGGAAAAAAAUGCUGUGUAUCCUAUGAAUGGUCUUACCUGUUUACUGGAUAAUUCCUUUAAGAAUAAUGUUCUGCAGAGAUUGCCUUUCACUUGAGGAGUGCUCAAAUCUUUGGGUUCUUCCUAGUUUGGGGUUUUAAAUUUUGAAAUCUAAACAUUCUUUCCCACUGUCCUCUUGGGGGGGGGGGUGCUUUUGACAUUGGCUUUCUCAUCGCUCUUUAAAUUUCUGUCCUUCUGCCUCACAGUUUUUUUUUUUUUUCCUUUCUGAAUUUUCUUUGUCUUUUGUUCACUGUUUAAUACUGUAUGGGCAGGGCCGGGAGGCCUGGGGGCAGUGAGAGAAGUUGCUCACCCUGGUGAGCAGGCCUAGCUUCAGAGAGUUGAAAAGAGCUGUGGGCACCCUAGCUCUCUCUUCCUCCAGUUCUCAGCAUGGUUGUUGCUCUUUGGUCAUACCAGGAUCUGAAUCAAAAAAGUAUUUUUAAAUACCCAUGAUUUCUCCCUGAAAUGCAGCCAGCCCUGAUAAUGCUUGUUAGUACCUGUCACUGGAUCUCCCAAGUGUACUCAUCCAGCUAAGUUCCCAGACGUGUUGAAACAAGACCCUAUAAUGCAGGGAAGGUGCGUGGACACUGCAGUGGAGAGAAUCAAGAACAGCCAGGCCUAUCCGUCUCACAGGAUCACCCUCUACCCUUAACAUUCCGUGUACCUGUAAAGUCCAUCCGUUUGUCCAUCUGCUGAAACGAAAAAAGAAAAAUUCAUGCACUGAUAUAAAACAAACCAAAAAAAAAAAAGAGAAAAAAAAAAAACAGCAACAAAAAAAAUCCCCCUUCUCCUUCCUAGCUGAACAAAAACGUGCAGUUAAUACUUGGCGCUUGAUAAAUACAGUAGUGAAUGUGGAACCGAGCCUGUCUGUAUAUCUGGUAGCUCUUUCUUGCUUUGUUUUUCCUUACCAGUAUUCUGCCUAACGUUUGCUUCUGUGAUGGUUAUACUGCCUAGCAAGCACACCCGUGGUUGUGAAAAUAGUAUAGCAAAAAAGAAAAAUCUCUGGUUAUUGAUGUACUAGAUUUGUGUAUGUCUUUUAAAACAGUUCUGGUUUCACCUUACAUGGAAUAAUCAGGAAAAGUGUAAAAAUUCGAAAGUGAAAUAAAAAAUUUUAUCAGUUAGUUGCCUGUGAA